GCCUGAUGAUGUCCGAAGGGAGCACAAUAGUAUAUCUAACGCAAAGGGAAGGCGGAGACGACUCUGAGUUGGUGGAUCUGAGCGGUAAGGUCCACCAGCUUCCUUGUGCCAUCAAGUACAACGGACCUUGCUCUGUUUCCAACUUUUUCAAGCCCAGAUCCACUGGGAUUGAGGUUGAAGGCUUGAAGGUGGAGGAAGCUUAUUUCAGAGGAAGGAAGUUGCAGGGAACAACGAUUCCACUUUCAACAGGGUAUUGCGGCUUUGUCCUAGGAAAGAAGAAUCUUGUUGAGAAAAAAGCUUCUGACAUGUCUGAUGGGAACUCAAACCAUUGGGAGGUGAAUGCAAAAUUUGAAAAUGUAACAUAUUGGAAUCAUGACAGCCUCCCUUCAAGUGACGAUGCUUUAUUGCGUUCUUUUCACUGGCUCACUGUUGCAAAAGCACUACACAAGCCGGUGACAGCCGAAGAUUUAGUUUCUGCAUCCAUUGCUCUGCAGAAGAUGGACUGAUUAAUAAACUGCGGGGAGUGUGUUCACUGUGUUGUCAUCUUCAGCCACUGUUGUUUUGCUUAUUCUGAAAAAUAGUUCUUUCUACUGAAAGUAAAGUAGUUUAAGUCCCCCUUCUCUUUGUUUCUAUUUGACUUUUUGUGUAUCCAUUUCUGAGAUCGGAAUCCUCUAGGUUUCUUAAGGUUAAUAUAUUGUAUGGAUUUCUAUCAA